AUGGAACUUGACAAGGAGUCCAGAUUUGUGCAAUUCUGUUGUGCAACUGUUAUUAGUUUAGCGAGGUCUGACACCCUUGAUUUAUUUGGAGUGCAGGCUUUGUGUGCCUUGUUGUCUGUUUUGGAUGACAGGGGUAAACGAGAGGCUUUGCUGAUUGAAUCUUUGGAGAAACGGCAAGCAUUUCUGUGUGAAGCAAUGUCAAGUAGAAUAAUGAAUUAUAAUGGAAUGGGGCACUUGUUACAACUUGAUCAGUCCAAUUCGAAUAUUGUUCGGGAGGACAGUUCUUCUCCUGUAUCUGACGUAGAGAACAAUCUGACCGUGACUGAUAUUACAAAUGAUUCUUUGCCUUUGUCUGGUGCUAUACUUAUUGAUGUUGGGAAUAAGGGAGAACAAAAACAAAAAUGGAGGCACCUCCAAGCAUUUGAUUCAUGGAUAUGGAAAUUCUUCUACUUAGAUCUGAAUGCUGUGAAACAUGGUAAAAGGUCAUAUUUGGAUUCACUUACCAGGUGUGAAUGUUGUCAUGAUCUCUAUUGGAGAGAUGAGAAGCACUGCAGGGUAUGCCAUACCACAUUUGAGAUUGAUUUUGAUCAAGAAGAAAGAUAUGCCAUCCAUACAGCCACAUGUAGGGAUAAAGACGACAAUGGCACAUUUCCGAAGGUCCUCUCAUCACAGAUCCAAUCACUUAAAGCGGCAACUUAUGCAAUUGAGUCGGUUAUGCCUGAAGAUGCCUUGAUUGGUGCUUGGACAAAAUCUGCUCAUAGGUUAUGGGUCAAACGGCUCAGACGCACCUCGUCUUUGCAAGAGCUUUUGCAGGUUCUUGGUGAUUUUAUUGGCGCCAUUAAUGAGGACUGGUUGUGUCAAUCCAAUACUUUACCAAGUUCUUAUAACGUUGAAGACAUUAUCUCAUGCUUCACAUCAUUGCCUCAAACAACAUCUGCAGUUGCACUCUGGUUGGUAAAAUUAGAUGCCUUGAUUGCGCCCUACUUGCAAAGAGCUGCUCAUGGAAAGGUAGCAAGAAGUCAUAAUCCAAA